AUGUUGACCUGGCGUCCGCACCAGCCCCCUCUGCUUUUCUACCUCGUGGCUACACUCUCCAUAUCCGCCAUGGCUGCACAUGGCGAAAGUGUCGAGCCGCGCAAUCCCACGCAGCUUUGCCCACCUACAUGCUCCGGAAAGUUUGACCCUGAUUGGCGCUUUGUUACGCUGAAAAAAGGUCGUACGACCAAAGACCAUCAGGCGUACCUCGAGGAAAAGCAUAGCAAGUUCAAGCUCAGCGAUCCAGAUGUUAUCGUCACCGCACCUCUCGAGAAACAUACGGCGGAAAAGAUCAAAACCUUGCCCAAGACAGUGCAAGACAACUGGACCAAGACAGGGCCAACUUACUACGCUAAACACCUUUCACCCGACGAUCUCAAAAUCAUCUGCAGCGACGAAAAAAAUGUGUUAUCCGUCGCGUGCGUACUCAAGGCUGAUUACAGCAUAGAUGCCUAA